AUGAGCGACCGACCCUCAUUGAUACAGCAGGUUUCUGCCAUCACAGGCUGCAAUGACUUCCAAGCCACACUGGUGCUCGAACGAAGCAAUUGGGACACGGAGAGGGCUGUAAACUUCUUUUUCGAUGACCCACCACCAGUAAAGCCGACAGCAGCCCCGAACACACAAAGCUCUUCGACCGCAGUGGCUCCUUUCCAGAAUGUCACGGACAGUCAGGCCGCUGCUACAGCAGCAUGGGACGCCUCAAGCUCGCAAUUGUAUGCUCCUCCACCUCGACCGCCUCCCGCAUCCGCCCGGGGCUGGGAACCUGAAAACAAAGAUUUGACGAAUGAUACAGAUGCAGACGACGAUCUCAGACGAGCCAUGGCAGCCUCUUUGCAAGAUCAUCAAUCACAGCAAACCUACCGACCUCCAGCUCCGUUAAGCACAGUCGGCGAUGUAGGCAUGUCCGAAGACGAACAGCUACGUCAAGCGCUAGAAGCCAGUGUUCAAAGCCAUCAUGAUCUAUUGCGGUCCAACGGAUCCGGCGCACGAACACCAGCAUUACCUCAGCACUUAGAAAUCGAUUCACAGACUCGUCGCAGUCCUGGAGCACCUAUCGUCAUGGUAGCGCCUUUCGCCUCUCUUGAAGUUGUAGCAAUGUUGCUACAAGCUCUGUUUGCGGCACCGCCGGUACGAAGAGCAUAUCUAGCUGCAAGGUCCCCCGAUUCUCGCGGAUCCGACCUGUCCAGCUACUGGAAAGGCGCCUCGCCCACUGAUGCGACCUCUGACCGCGUUACUCGCCCGGCCUUGGAAGCGCAUUUCGACUUGUCACAGCGCAUCCAAGCCCUGUUUGCCUUUGCACAGCUAUCGCAUAGACCUCUGUGCGUUGUCAAGGACGUUACGUCGCUAGCUCCAAGCGAAGUGGUGGCUCGGGGAGCUGAUCUUUCGCCUCCUGUUAAAGUGGCCAGCCUCUUCUACGAGUUUGUGGUAGAAAGCUUCACCAAGCACGUGCGCGCCGUAAGCGAGCUGAUCUUGAAUACAGAAGGUGCCGAGGCUACUCAAAAUGACGCUUUGUGGAUGGAUGAAGGUCUGUACCUUUCGAGCGGUGGCCCUGCUCUUACCAGUCCACCGUCUCCCCGCACCAAUGGCCCGCAGGAAACAAAGGAUACACCGAUUGCGGUAUCCCGAACUCCAAAGCUCGAGCAGCAGCGAAGCUUCCUCCAGCUGCGGCAUGACUCGAUCAACUCGGACAUCUACUCCUGUCUGCGCGCGGCACUCGCGUCCGACGGGGAGGGCGCACUUCUCACACGAACAGCUCGCACCAUCAGUAUGGGCAUCGAGCAUGCAUCGCCGACGGCGGAGGGCGGGCCGCCACCCUUGACCAUCAACGAACGCAUUUAUCUCGACUCGUUGAUGUGGGACCGCAGACAGGGCGUCCGUCUCGAUGCUGAGCUUCGAGAUCUUGAGAUGGCUUGUCUUGAUGCUUUGAGUCAGGAACUGGAAGCUCGCAAACGCAAGCUUCUCGGUGAUGGAGGUAGGCCAUCUUCCGAGGUGCUUCAGGGAGCCAAGCGAUACUUUGCAGAGGUGGCCACGCCUGGCGAUGACAUGGACUCGAUACGAUCUUGCUCUCUUGCCGAAGCUGCGCCGCAGAUCAGCAAGAUCAUGGAGGCAGUGCAUGCAGAUCUUGCAUCAACUGACCAGCUGAUUGCCAAGGUACGCGCGCAGAUCGAUGCAAAACGAGCCCUCGUUGCUGCAAGAGCCAAACGCGAGGCUGUGAAUCCAGAAUGGACGCAGCUCGCCUACGAUCUUUGCGCUGUCUUGUGCCAUGAAGCUGGACGAUAUGUGACGAUGGUAAAGCAGCCAGAUGGGACGUGGUGGAAGACGGCCAACGGUCGAGCGAUACGGGUAGAUCGGGAGGAUGUAGUGAUGGGUCGAGCGCAAGAUCCGUCUCUGUCGGUCUUCUGGGUAGUGUAUGCUCGAGCUGAAGAUGUGACAUUGAGCGUGGAAGAGGAAGGGUUGAUAUCCGAGAGAACGAAGGCUGCGAUCGGGGAUGACAAUCUCACGAACGAGUCGGAGUCGCUAUUGCUCAUACGUUCAAAUGCAGCAACACCUUCGUCGACAGCAGAUGACGACAACAUUCGGAUGGUAGGCGAAGAGCCUAAGCAGGCAGCGGACGAGGUGGUAGAUCUCACAAAUACCACAGAUGGCUCCCAUGAUGUCACAAUGCUGGUCGACUUGACAGACGACCGGCCCGAGUCACCUCGCACGACCUAG